UUAUGACAGACAAUUUUCCUUCAACUGCGGAUGAACCAUCAGUGAUGCCACAUAUUUUAACAUUGGACAAUCCUUCCAUGGUGGACGAACCAUCAAUGCUGCAUCAUGAUGCAACAGCGGACCAUGCUACCAUGUUGGACCAACCAUCAAUGCUGCAACAUACUUCGACAGUGGAUGAUACUUCCUUUGUGGCCGAACCAUCAAUGCUGAAACAUUCGGCAAGAGUGGAUGAUCAUUCCACGGUGGACCAAACAUCAAUGAUGCAAGAAUAUUCUUCUGUGGUUCACAGUUCCACUACGGUAGAGACUUCCACGGUAAAUGAAACAUCCAUGAGGCAAGAACAAUCAACAAUGGAUGAUCCUUUCACGGAGGAUGAAAAUUCAACCAUGCUAAACCCUUUAAUGUUAGAUAAAGCCAUAGAAAGCAACAUGGUGACUGCCACACAGACACAGGAUAACAUUAAUGAGGAGCCUGUAUUGCACAGCCAGAAAAGUAAUAUUGAUACAGAAGAUACCAACCAGGUGGAAUUGAAUGCAGAGACUGCACAUUCUAGUGUAAUUGACCAUGGUCUUCAAGACCAAUUCCUGGACUCUACAAAUCAAGAAUGUGAAGUUAGCAGAUCACAAACCAUUAGCCAACAGGAUUCUUUAAAGGAAGCCAUGCAGCUAAUUGAGAGGAAUAGAAAUGAAGAAAUGAAAAGAAUUGAACAUCAAAUAAAUCAGCUGAAUAAUAAUAUACAGAUUCUCAACACAACACAAAGACAACAGAAUCAAGCACUUGUCACUCUUGCAAAUUUUUACGAUCAUCUUGUUUCAUCACAGAAUGUGGCAGCAAUCAACUACCAACAGAUGCAGCACAGUAUAAAUCAAAUGCUAGCAUGGCAGUAUGAGACUAUUACCAUCACACGCAUGAUUUCCACUUUCAUGCAACUGUUGACAGAAGAAAGACAAAGAAUGUCCAGAUCAGAUAAUCCUUAUUGUAUAUCCAAUGCUACAGCAGGAACCUUUGUAUCCAGCUGUACACGUGGAGACUAUGUAACAAGCUCUACACACAGAGAGUAUGCAACGAGCGCUGCACCUGGAAACUAUCUAUACACCACUUUACCAGGAGAAUCUGUAUCCACCCCUGCAGCAGGAACAGAUGUAUCCACCACUUUACCAGGACCCUAUGUAUCCACCACUGCAACAGUAACCUAUGUAUCCACCACUGCAACAGUAACCUAUGUAUCCACCACUUUACCAGUAUACUCUGUAUCCACUGCUGCAGCAAGUACCAAUGUUUCCACCACUUUAACAGGACCAUAUGUAUCCUACACUUUACCAGGACCCUAUGUAUCCACCACUGCAGCAGGACCCUAUCUAUCCACUACUUUAACAGGACCCUAUGUAUCCUCGACAUUAUCAGGACCCUAUGUAUCCAUACCUGCAACAGGACCCUGUGUAUCCUCCACUUUUGCGGGACCCUAUGUAUCCAUCCCUGCACCAAGACCCUAUGUAUCCACUACUUUAACAGGACCCUAUGUAUCCUCGACAUUAUCAGGACCCUAUGUAUCCAUACGUGAAACAGGACCCUGUGUAUCCUCCACUUUUGCAGGACCCUAUGCAUCCAUCCCUGCACCAAGACCCUAUGUAUCCACCACUGCAACAGAACCCUAUGUAUGCACGACUGUAACAGGACACUAUGUAUCCUCAACUUUAGCAGAACCCUAUGUAUCCAUCCCUGCAUCAAGACCCUAUGUAUCCACUACUUUUACAGGACCCUAUGUAUCCUCCACUUUAGCAAGACCCUAUGUAUCCACCACUGCAACAGAACCCUAUGUAUCCACGACUGUAACAGGACACUAUGUAUCCUCAAUUUUAGCAGAACCCUAUGUAUCCAUCCCUGCAUCAAGACCCUAUGUAUCCACUACUUUUACAGGACCCUAUGUAUCCUCCACUUUAGCAGGACCCUAUGUAUCCACCACUGCAACAGAACCCUAUGUAUCCACUACUGUAACAGGACACUAUGUAUCCUCAGCUUUAGCAGAACCCUAUGUAUCCAUCCCUGCACCAAGACCCUAUGUAUCCACUACUUUUACAGGACCCUAUGUAUCCUCCACUUUACCAGGACCCUAUGUAUACAACACCUUACAUGGAGACUAUGUAUCCACUGCUGAUAGAGGCCUCUAUGUAUCCACCACUGCACCAGGGCCCUAUUUAUUGAAGCCAAAACCAGGACACUCAGAAUCCACUACUGGACAAAUUGCCUCAGAAUCCCCCGCUGACUCAGGACCCUCAGAAUCCACCGCUGCACCAGGAAAGUAUAAAUCCACCGCUGCACCUGUACCCUCUGAAUACAGCACUGAAAACACAAAUUUGAGAAGCAUAGCUGUAGCAUCAGAAGUGCAUUCAAGAUUGCAAUUGGCUUAUCGACCUAGCUCAAGCUAUGAUGAGAAUAUGGAUCUUCGAGUAAGAUUAGAGCGUGCAAAUAUUCAAAUUCAACAUUGGAAGAGACAGGAAGCUAACGAUGAGGAUGAAGCUUAAAUAUUAAAGAUAUGUCACAAACGGUCUUGCGAGCCAGGGUGAAGGAACUGAAGACAGAGGGAUACAGAGUCAUCCAUGUGUCCUGUUUGAAAAGACAAAUCGAUAAUAGGAAUAUACUUUCUGAGAUACUUCAAGUCGUGCAUUCCUGAAAAUGUUCUAAAUUUAUUUUGUUUUGUUUUGGUUUGUUCAUGUUGGGGGGGUUCACAUACUAAUAUGUUCAAGAUAAAAAUAGAGAAAAUAUAUGUACAGACACAUAUUCCAUAUU